CAACCACCGAACAAUUUCUCGCACAAAAAUACAAACAAAGAUAGCAAGACCAGCAAACCUUAUAUACCCCAUGGCUCAUUACAUCUGUUUCCUUUGUUUAAUAUUAACCACACUGGCAGCUAUGCAAGGCUGUCAAGCAGUUGACUACACCGUCACAAACACCGCCGGCACGACAGCUGGUGGUGCCCGCUUCGACAGAGAAAUCGGGAUUGACUACAGCCGGCAAACACUAGCCUCGGCCACGGAUUUUAUAUGGAGAAUCUUCCAGCAGAACACCGCGGCUGACAGGAAAAAUGUGGAGAAAGUUAGCCUGUUCAUUGACGACAUGGACGGCGUUGCAUAUGCUAGGAAUAAUGAGAUUCAUGUUAGUGCGAAAUAUAUCGGAGGCUAUUCCGGCGACGUCAAAAGAGAGUUCACCGGAGUACUUUAUCAUGAGAUGACACAUAUUUGGCAAUGGAACGGAAACGGACAGGCCCCCGUAGGAUUGACUGAAGGGAUUGCUGAUUAUGUAAGGUUAAAGGCUAACUAUGUGCCAAGUCACUGGGUUCAACCAGGUGAGGGCGACCGCUGGGAUCAUGGAUAUGAUGUGACGGCGAGGUUUUUGGACUAUCUCAACAGUUUGAAAAAUGGGUUUGUUGCAGAACUUAACAAGAAGAUGAGAACUGGGUAUAACGCUAGCUACUUCGUUGAUUUGCUGGGUAAGACAGUGGAUCAGUUGUGGACUGAGUACAAGGCCAAGUACGGAAAGUAACUAGUAAUCUAAUGGUGGAUACAAUAAUAUGAUUCAGAGAAUAAGGAUCUGCUGAAAUGUCUGACCCAUUUUAUCCAUAUCAAAUAUAUGCGUAAUAUUAUUUCUAAAUAAAAGUCAAUAAGUGACAGUAUCUUAAUUA